GAAGGAAAGGUGGCGGCGGCACGGAAUGAGAUAGAAGAGAAAGCAUAACAGUGUUACAUUCCAAAUCCCUCGUAAUUAGAUCCAACGGCUGGAAUCAAAGAAAGUGGAGUAAUCGAACGGCGAAAAGGAGAGCCGCGUUUACGAAGCCAACACAGGAAUAAGAAUUCUUCAUCCUCUUAUAUACCCCUUCCGUGCCGCGCCCACUUCUCUCUUCUUCUUCUUCUUCUUCUCUCUCUCUCUCUCAUCGCAAUUCCAGAUUCGUUGUUUCUCUCUCUAGAAACCUCCUUCGCUCGCUUCUUCUCCUUUUUCCGUUUUUAGCUUAUUCCAUAUUUGGCCUUCGGCACUUCACUCACAUCCAUUUAUAGAAAAAAAAAAUAGACAGAGAGAGUGAGAGCGAGAGAGAGAAAGAGGAGGUGUUCGGUCACCGUUUAUUGAUUUUAUCGAUUGAUUGGUUUUUUGAUUCGUUGAUUUACGAUGCAACAAUCGAACGGUUCCGAUUCCUCGUUGCAGUCGCAGUCCACGGAGCAGAAUGUUCCGCGGCAGCCGGCAGGGUCUCCGGCGGUGGCGCGGCCGCAGCAGUGGCUCCCGAUGCAGUAUCCAGCGGCCAUGGUAAUGCCGCACCACAUGCUGCCUCCGCAGCACUACGCGCCGCCGCCGUACAUGCCUUUCCAUCACCACCAGUACGCGCCGCCGCACGUCCCGCACCAACAGCAUCAGAACGGAUCCAGCGGCGAGAACAAAACCGUCUGGAUCGGCGAUUUGCAUCACUGGAUGGACGAGAACUAUCUCCAUCGCUGUUUCGCCUCCACCGGCGAGAUUUCCUCUAUCAAGGUUAUUCGCAAUAAGCAAACUGGCCUAUCAGAGGGUUACGGAUUCGUGGAAUUCUAUUCACAUGCUACUGCUGAGAAAGUUUUGCAAAACUAUGCUGGAAUUUUGAUGCCCAAUACAGAGCAAGCAUUCCGUCUAAACUGGGCAUCAUUUAGCACAGGAGACAAGGGUUCAGAUAAUGUUCCUGACCUUUCUAUUUUUGUAGGAGAUUUAGCUGCAGAUGUUACAGAUAGUUUGUUGCAUGAAACUUUUGCUAGUGUGUUUCCUUCUGUUAAAGCUGCAAAAGUUGUUUUUGAUGCCAAUACUGGCCGUUCAAAGGGCUAUGGUUUCGUCAGGUUUGGCGAUGACAGUGAAAGAUCCCAGGCCAUGACUCAGAUGAAUGGUGUUUACUGUUCCAGCAGGCCUAUGCGCAUUGGUGCUGCAACUCCAAGGAAAUCAUCUGGCCAUCCACAGGGAGGUCAGUCGAAUGGCACAUCCAGCCAAUCUGAAGCAGAUUCUACCAACACAACAAUAUUUGUUGGAGGACUCGACCCUAAUGUUUCAGAUGAGGACCUCAGGCAGCCAUUCUCCCAGUACGGUGAGAUAGUCUCUGUUAAGAUACCUGUUGGAAAGGGAUGUGGUUUUGUCCAGUUUGCAAACAGAAAUAAUGCUGAAGAGGCGUUGCAGAAGCUAAACGGGACAACAAUUGGAAAGCAGACAGUCCGACUUUCUUGGGGCCGUAAUCCAGCAAAUAAGCAGUUUAGAAUGGAUUUCGGCAAUCCCUGGACAGGGGCAUAUUAUGGGGCCCCUAUUUAUGAUGGUUAUGGAUACGCAUUGCCUCCUCGUCAUGAUCCCAGCAUAUAUGCUGCUGCGUAUGGGGCUUACCCUCUUUAUGGUGCCCACCAGCAACAAGUAAGCUGAAUGCAGUGUGGUGCAGUGCAAUAGAGAAGUAGCUUUCACAACAAGUUAUGCAGAAUCACCCUUCGAUGUGCAAAUUAACUUCUCUCGCUUUGUAACUUGCCUGAUCUGUUGAAUUUUUAAGAAUCCCUCCUAAUUGUGGAGUGGAAAUGAAUUUUGAUAGCCUGAGGUAGCGCUGUAGGGAUUCAAUUAGUCAUUUGUUUAGGCCUUGUAGGAGUAAUGACUAAAGAGGAGCUUAAACUUAUUAUAGGAAUAAUUGUCUUAUGUAUGACAGCUUGUGUGCUUGCGUGCAUUUUAUUUGUUUUUGACAUUGAAGCUUUGCUUUGUUUGCUUUCAAGGGUCAUUUCGUUUCUUCUUUGCCAAAUUUUACUUGCAUGUCUGCUUUUCAGAAGCGAUUAUAGAAUUCGAGAUCAUAGCAUGUGUAAUAGAUCUCGUCCACUUUGUUGUGCUCAAUGGAUUGGAAUUUGAGCUUAUUUUGCUUGAGUUUCUGAAUGUGUUUAUGCAUUCUUUGGUUUAGUUUGAAAUCUAUUUCAAACUAAUGUGGUCGGAGAGUUUCAUUAGGACUACUUAAAUCUUCACUUUUGGGUCCUCUAAAAUAAUUUAGUACUCCUUUAUUUGGUUGUAUUGGUUUCUGUUUUCUCUCUAUGGUAUAAUUUGAAGUGCAUCAUUUUUUAGUUCUGCCCAAUUCAUGUCCAGAAAGUUUUGACGUCCCAUCUCUACACCAAGAGAUGGAAACUUUGCGCAUUUUUUGUGGGUCAAGUCUAUAUAUUUUUUGACCAUUUUUUCCCACACACUUGAACAAUUAAAUCAUAUCAUUAAUUUUGGCAUUCCGGAAUGAAAAGAGGUGUGUCUCGGAUUGUUUUGAGGUCCCAGAAACCCCUCCUUCAUUCUUUCUACGGUACAUGGAAAUAUGGUUGUUCCACCUUUAAACCUAAAAGAAAUAAAACGGACAUUGGCAUAAACUUAGGCCCUUUUUCAUAACUCCUUAGUCUUUCUCUCCCUCUAAUUUCAUGUUUAUUUGGAAAGAAAGGGGACGGAAGAAGGCAGUAAAGACUUUGGAAUUGAGUUGCUUUAGAGUUGAAAUUUGGCAGACUAAAGUUACAUUUUUUGCUGCUCGAAUAUCAAUAGUUCAUAUAGACAUAAAUGAAGUAUUUCUGUAACUUACAUAAACUUAUCCUUGAAUUUUUUUUACCUUUGUAAGGUUUUAUACUGAUCUUAGGUGCUAUAUUUUUUUCCUAAUUAGAGGCGAAAUUCUCAUUGAUGAAUUUGUAUGAAGCUCAUCAAAUAUUUCGCAUCUAUUUUAAGGAUAUUGAGACCAAAUAGACCUAAGAUUCGGGAGGAAGUUCUCCCUGAAGAAAAAACGAGAUCAUGGUUAACGCUCGCUUUGGUUGGUAACUUGGAACCAUGUGCCCAGCUCCUCUUACAGUGAUGAGGAAUACCAGGGACGCCAUGUUGUCUCCACUGGAAGUUUCAAGGCAUUCACUGAAUACCUAGAUGAUGUUAUGGGAACGCGCCCAUCUGUAUCACCACUGCAUCAUACAA